AUGUCAGGCGAAACAACUUUCUCUGUGAAGGAGCAGACAAUUAAAAUUGAGCCUCUAGAUUACUCAGUAGAGAGUAUUAAAAUUGAAGUUAAAGAUGAAUUUGAGAGUUCUGAUGGUUUUAAAUCUGAAGCGUGUUCUGAGUAUGAUGAAAUUUGUUUAGAAAGAUUCAUGAAGUCCGAGGUUACUAUCGAGGAAGAAGUUAAACAGGAGCAGUCAAUUAAAAUUGAGCCUCUAGAGUACUCAGUAGGGAAUGUUAAAAUUGAAGUUGAAAAUGAAUUUGAGAGUCCUGAUGAUUUUAAGUCUGAAUCGUGUCCUGAGGAUGAUGAAAUUUGUUUAGAAAGAUUCAUGAAGUCCGAGGUCACUAUCGAGGAAGAAGUUAAACAGGAGAUAACCGAGACACCUGCUUAUGAAUGUGACAUUGGUAAUAGAUUUACAUUUACAGAAUCACAUAAUUUAGAAGAGCACAUGGUUGAUCAUAUACCUAGUCACAGCAAGGAAUGCUCUUUUAAAUGCGAAAUAUGCAAUAAGGUAUUUCAUCGCAAAAGAAAUUUAACAUCACACAUGCAUAUUCAUACAGACGAACGCCGUUUUAAAUGUGAAAUAUGCAAUAAGGCAUUCCAUCGAAGCAGCAAUUUAACAAAACACAUGCUUAUCCAUACAGAAAUACGCCCUUUUAAAUGUGAUAUAUGCCAUAAGACAUUCAAUAAAAAAUGCAAUUUAACAUCACACAUGCUUAUCCAUUCAGAAGAACGCCGUUUUAAAUGUGAAAUAUGCAAUAAGGCAUUUAAACAAUUAACUUCUUUGAGAAAUCACGAAUCCAUUCACAAUGGUGAACGUACCCAUGUAUGCAAAACAUGCAAUAAGUCAUUCUCACGAUCGACUACUUUAAAAUAUCACAUGCUCGAACACAGUCGUAAGAGUCCCCAUGAAUGCAAAAUAUGCAAUCGAACAUUCCCAUGGUCAUUCAGUCUCAAACGCCAUAUGGCUACUCAUUUUGGAGAGCUUUUUGAAUGUAGUAUAUGUAAUCUGACAUUCAAUCAAUCAAAUAAUUUGAAAAUACACAUGCUGAUCCAUGAAUGUGGACCUUCUGGUAAGAAAAAAUGUGAAGUAUGCGGUGUGGCAUUUUAUCAUAAUAGCAGGUUGACAAAACACAUGAUUACCCACGAAGCCAAAAGUUCUUAA